GGAGGGCAACCCUGGAGGGGCGGGACUGGCCGGUGACGCACUUCCGGUCGCGCCGCGGACCGUGCUGUGCAGGUGCGUGCGGCGUCCCUGCGGUGAGCAGUGUCCUGGCGGUCCACGCGCAGGGUCUCCCGCAGCCAGCCUUGCAGCCCAGCAGCUCUCGGCGCCCGCCGUGGCGAGUCCCGUGUGGCGGCCGCACACCAAGCCCAGAGCGCUUAGCAGGUGGCCUGGCGGAGAAGCUGUCACUGCAGCCAGAGGGUGACCGCGUUGCGGGGGCGUAGCGUCUCGAGGUGACAUCGCUAGUAUUCGGACGCGCUGCGGCCCUGCAGGCGCUUCAGGUCCAGCCCUUGAGAGGGAGACCAGGUGAUGACAGCCAUGAUCCCAUCAGUUUGGCCCCAGGUGAGCUGUGGGCCCCUCAUCCCUUCCUCUGGGCAGUUCAGAUUGAGAACUGAGAAGAAUGCUGCCCCGUGUGAAAACGGCAUGCGGUUUCUCUGCUAAGUUGGUGACCUUUGAGGAUGUGGCUGUGUACUUCACCCGGACUGAAUGGGAUGGUCUGUCCCCUCAACAGAGGGCGCUCUACAGGGAUGUGAUGCUGGAGAACUAUAGGAACUUGGCCUCCAUGGGAUUUCUACUAUUCAAACCUGCUGUGAUCUCACAGCUAGAAGAGGAAAAGGAACUGGAGAACCUGUCCCAGCUGGCCACUGGAGCAGACUCCCAGGGCCUCUGGACUGACUAUACUGCUGUCCAGACUGGCAAUAAUUUGACAGAAGAAGUAUCUGAAGAAAAAAAGAAUACAGCAUUUGAGCUUCAGAAGGACUUUUCCCAGAAAACAAACCUUUCCAAAACUUCUGUUGUAGACCAGCGACAGGAAGUCCAGUUAAGGGGUAGUGUGACAGAGAAUAUCAGUGCCACUGAGGGAAGAGUUAAGACCAGCUCCAGGGGAGGGUAUUUCUGUAGCCAGACUCCAGAUGUGCCCCAGAAUCAUACCAACUCCACUGGAGAACAAUAUUCUGAUAACAAACUUAUUAAGAAUGGAGAAAUUCCUACAGAGGAAAGAUCUUUGAAUUCCGAAGAAUUAGCAGAAACCUCUCAAGGUAGCUCUCAAGUUAGUGAGUAUCCAGAAAGCAGCACUGUGGAGAAGCCUUACCAGUGUACAGAAUGUGGCAAAGGCUUCAUUGUUAAAGCAAAAUUUGUUUGGCAUCAAAGACUUCAUAAUGGAGAGAAACCUUUCAAGUGUGUGGAGUGUGGGAAAUGCUUCAGCUAUAGUUCACACUAUAUCACACACCAGACAAUCCACAGUGGAGAAAAGCCUUAUCAGUGUAAGGUGUGUGGAAAAGCCUUCAGUGUUAACGGAAGCCUAGUUAGACACCAGAGGAUACAUACAGGAGAGAAGCCCUAUCAGUGCCAGGAGUGUGGAACUGGCUUCGGCUGUAGUUCUGCAUACAUCACACACCAGAGAACCCACACUGGGGAGAAGCCUUACGAGUGUAGCGACUGUGGGAAAGCUUUCAAUGUUAAUGCAAAGUUAAUUCAGCAUCAAAGGAUUCAUACUGGAGAGAAGCCUUAUGAGUGUAAUGUGUGUGGGAAAGGCUUCAGGUGCAGCACCCAGCUUAGGCAGCAUCAGAGUAUACACACUGGAGAAAAACCACAUCGCUGCAGUGAGUGUGGAAAAGGCUUCACUAAAAACGCAAAACUCAUUCAGCAUCAGAGAGUCCACACAGGUGAGAAACCCUAUGAGUGCAGCGAAUGUGGGAAGACUUUUAGUGCUAAAGGGAAGUUAAUCCAGCACCAGAGAAUCCACACAGGCGAGAGACCUUAUGAAUGUAAUGAGUGUGGGAAGUCCUUUCGGUGUAACUCCCAGCUUCGGCAGCAUCUGAGAAUCCAUACUGGGGAGAAGCCAUAUAAGUGCAGUGAAUGCGGAAAGGCCUUCAACGUUAAUGCAAAACUCAUGCAGCAUCGGCGAACUCACACAGGGGAGAAACCUUUUGAGUGUAAUGAAUGUGGGAAGUGCUUUACUUCUAAAAGAAACCUGCUUGAUCAUCAGCGAACCCAUACUGGAGAAAAGCCAUAUCAGUGUAAGGAAUGUGGCAAAGCUUUCAGUAUCAAUGCCAAGUUAACUAGGCAUCAACAAAUACAUACCAGGGAGAAACCUUUCAAGUGCAUGGAAUGCGAGAAGGCGUUCAGCUGCAGUUCUGACUAUAUUGUGCACCAGAGAAUCCACACUGGAGAGAAACCCUUCCAGUGCAGUGAGUGUGGGAAAGCCUUCCAUGUCAACGCUCACUUAAUUAGACACCAGAGGAGCCAUACUGGGGAAAAGCCUUUCCGAUGUGUCGAGUGUGGCAAAGGCUUCAGCCUUAGUUCUGACUGCAUCAUACACCAGACUGUGCAUACUUGGAAGAAGCCUUAUGUGUGUAAUAUAUGUGGGAAAACUUUCAGGUUUAGUUUCCAACUUAGUCAGCAUCAAGAUGUUCAUAGUGAAGAAAAAUCCUAAUAGAUGAAGAAAACAGCACCAACCAACCAAACAAAACACUCCCGUGUUUAGUAGGAAGUGAUCAUGGCUCAUCAGUUAUUACUUGGAAUGAAACCAUCAGAGGGGAUGAAUAUGACAGUCUUCAUUUGGAAACUUUUUCUGUUUUACUCUAUUUUUAAUCAAGAUUUAUAUGAGCAGCUGAAAGUUAUAUCUAAAAUGACUUAGUUUUAUAUCAGUAACCAGUCAGGAAAUACAAUAAAAGAAAACAUCCUAUCCAACAGCAUUAGGAAACGUAGAUUUCUAGGAAUAAUUAUUUUGUAGGACUAGAGGAAAUUAUUCUCCACUGAGGGAAACCAAAGAAAACAGGCAAAAGGGGUGGAGAGAAAUUAAUUUAUUUCUGCUCUUGACAAUAAGAGUGCAUAACACUUCCCUUAAAAAGGGUGGGGUAAACAUUUUUUAAAAAUUGUUUGAUAGAAGUCUUAAAAAAAUACUAGAUUCAGGGACUGGAGAGAUGGGUCAGCAGUUAAGAGCACUGGCUGCUCUUCCAAAGGUCCUAGUUCAAUCCCCAGC